UAAGCAAUAGAGAUGCCGUUACAAAACCAUAUGACUAUAGGACGAAAAAUCCUAAUGGCUUAUAAAAUAUGCACGUUAUCUCUGAUUCAUCAAUAUAUGCCAAAUGAUCUCAAUACCCAUCAUAUGCUAUCUUUUGUCAAGUAAGCAUGCGGAUAUUCUACUCGGACCUACUAUUCAAUUUUUACUUGAAUUUUAGCUCGAAUACCAAUUAAAUUGAGCUGGUGAAUAUCCACGUAUAAAUCAUCCCACUACUUCAAUUGUUCUCGACGGUAAAAGAAAAUUUUCAUUCCGAUUUCAUAAUCGAAACCCUAAACCCUGCAAAUUGGAAAUUUGAACUCUCAACUUUUGAGCUUUUUAAAGAACCGCCAUGUCUGCUAGAGAAGAUGAUAAAGCCGAUGCUCCCGAGGAAUUUACUUCUCUACAGGCUAUACAACAAGAUGAAGAAAUUAGGAAAGUUCAGCAACAAAGUAAAGCCAGGGUCCGGCAAGAAGGCAAAGAACGGAGAAAGAAAAUGGCCGAAAAGCUAACUACACUAUCAAAGUCUAAAGACGAAGUAUGUGAUGAUGAUGGUGAUGGUGUAAUGGUUGAAGAUGAAGAGGGAGCUGAUACGAGUAAGAAAUCUAAAACUAAUACAGGGAUGCUUCCAAAUGACAUUGUCAACUUGCUUGCUGCUCGCGAGAAACAAGUUUUCUUAUCGGAUUCCGAGGAUGAGAAAGAGGACAAAAUAUCAAAGCCAAAGAAGAAGAAAACCAACAAUUCAGGGAUGGAAACUGUCAUCCUGAAGAACCUACCAGCUGCCCAUUGUGUGCAGAACUCCUUGGAGUUUUUGAAGCAAAGGAAAACAAUUGUUGCUCGGUCUCCUGCUGUUCUAAACAAUUCAAACCAAGCUUUGCGUCUCCUUUCUUCUUCUGGCUUGUUCAAGUAAUCUUUUUUUUUUCUGGUUUUUUUUUUCUUGUCUAGCUUUGGAACCAAAAUGAUGGUUGAACAACUCAGAUGUUUGGAGUUCAUCCCCAUCAGUUCUUAUUGAUACACAGGCUUCAGUGUGAGUCAUCAAGUGGUUCUGAUUGUUAAACUAAAAAAGGUUAGCUAGAAAGAAUGUGUUAGCUCCUCCUUUUAUCCAUUUUAAUAUGCAACAUGUUGUCCAUUUCCUCUUGACGUUAAUGAUAGGGUGAAUUUACCUUUCAUUUCUCUCCCUUUCAUCGUCAGAGUAAGUAGGGUAUGAUGUUUUUUGUUCUGGGUUGUCAUGGAAUUGACUGCCGCUUGUGGGCUUAUGAGAAUGUUCUCCUCGGGUGAUGUGAUGGGGUUUAGGAUGCGCAUUCUAGUUUUGAGUAUGAGGCGCUUCUUGGCUCUCCGCCACGUCCUCCACAUUGAAGUUAAGUGGGUGUGCCUUGUCAUCAUAGCUAGGAGAGGCUGAGAUUGUUCAUUUCUUGCAUUGGAAGUGAGAUGCUCUUGAAGCUGAUUAGUGAGAAUAGUUGCAAGUUCUCGAAAGUCUUAAUGAGUGACACUAGUGGUUGGGUUGAUUUAAAUAUUGAAGAACUAGUGGAUUGGGAUUCUGAUUUCUGGGAAUGAGUACAACCUUCAGACGGGUGAGAUCCCAAUUGAUGUGUACGAGUAUAGUUUUUUCAGAGGCAUGGUUUUCGGUUCGAGUUCAAACCAAAUUGUUUUCAAUUUAUUUUUAGUGAAGGAAGAGUAAUGUCGCAAUAAAUAUUGAAUCAAACUACUGUCUUGUUUAAAGCGCCAAACUUGUAUGCAGCCACCUCACGCAUGCGACCAAAAUAAUUUUAUAUUCGUCUAAUUUAAGCCUUAAAACACCCAUUCAAAACUUAAAAAGUUAAAUCUAACACUUAAAUCCUUACUCUAAGUCUCAAUC